CAGUGCACCUAAGGUGCUGCCUACGGUGAUGUUUGCUGUCAUUGCUGAAUGCUCAUGACUCUUGAAGGAAAGGGACAGGGUGGGUGAGGAGAGUGAGGGUACCCUUGAAUCACACAGAUGAAAUGAGUAGUGGUUGUCUUUGGACUGUGAAUCAGUAACUUGUUGAGUACAGAAGCACUUGUGUUUCAGCAGCCUGUCUUGUGUCUCUGUGGGGUAUAGGUGCCCUGCUGGUCCCUCUGCUGUGCACCUACCCUGGCUGCACAGGCUCACUCUGAACGGGAGAUACAGGCACGAUCCCAGAAAAAUGCAGUUCCCAAGCAGCUCUGAAUCCCUUGUAUUUUGUUGUGGUGACUGGAGCACCUCACACCGCUCCACUCCAGAGCAUGCCCGACAUGACAAGAUGUUAAAGUUAUAAUGUCCUAUGGUUGAUGUAAGUGGUCUGGAGGCACAAUGUCUGCUGCUUGGAGCAGGCAGUACGACUGCACAGAGUUAAAAUAAUAGCCAGGGGACUGUUAUAGUAUUGUAUGUGUGCCUGUGUUGGUGGAACUGGGAAGAACAUAGUGAUAUGUCACAGGAUCCUCUUGCAAAAUGUAGUGUGAAUGUGGCUAUUGUGCUGCACAGAAGGCUGGGACUUCUCCAACAUGGAUGUGACAGGGACAUGCCUUCCAGCAUGGACAUUGAUGUUAAUUUAACAAAGUCAAAAAGUAAUGUAGCCAAAAUAGAAAUCUUUUUGGAGUUCUCUGCUUAAACUCUAACACAUCAGGUCAUAAAAUCAAUUUCUGGCUGCUUUAGGUAUGUCUGGUGACAUAUCUGUCCUAUCUUUCAUUUUCAAUUGUUUCCCAUCCAAACUUGACCAGUGGUGGAAGGAUUUUCUCUUUUGAAGGGGGCCAAGUAUGUAUCCAAACAUAUUUGACUAAUGAAGAAAAGGUACCUGAGCUGAUGGUCCAGAGAUCAAACUUGACCCAAGAGAAAAUGGGGAAUCUAAAAUACUGGAUUUCACUCUGUACGCUAAGGUUGACCUGUGCAUUUUAUUAAAAAAUGCCCUGAACCACCAAGCCACCAUCCUGAAAUAUGCAAGAUUUGGACCCAAACCUUCUUGCACUGUGAAAUGUUUAGAUUCUGGCUUUUCUGUGUUCUUGACCAGUGCUCUAAUAAAGAUUUUGGGUGCAAAAUAUCUGUAUUACCCAAGUGCAAAAGGAGGCUCUUCCUAGUAAGAGUUUUUAAAGAGUCAUUUUUCUGAAGAUGGAGGGAAUAUUGGUAGAAACAGAACAGUAUCUUUUGCUGUCAUCUGUUCUUCAGGGAUAAAGUAAUGAAAGCAUCAAACUAAAGACAAAUGUGGAUUAAAAUAUAGGUAAGGUAUAGUAAGUAACAAGGGCUAAAAGCCAUCUGUUAGAAAAAAAUAUUCAAAAUUAUGAUCAAGAAUUAGAGUCCCAUUUGAGCACGGAGCCUAAGAGAUAUUGUCCCUGUAAAUUUCAAAUGCAUCAAUGCUUCUACAUAACUGAUAGUUUUCAAAAAAUAUGACAUGGGUCAAUUAUACUGCCCAGCCAUUAGUGACAAUCUUAAUGGGUGUUCCGAAACUUGUAACAGUGGAUGAACACAGUAAUUCCAGGAUACAAAUCAUGCAGGAACAGUAAAGUAGCUAGUUUAGACAUGAUUAAAAAAAAAAAAAAAAAAGGUUCAAAUGAAGCAAAUAACAAUAAAGUUGUUGCCUGUUGAAUUUAAUAACAGCUUCAGUCCACACAGAAACUGUCUUGACUGAAACACAGUUCCUGCAUAGAAAGAGUACAUUGUUAGAUCUGUGCUAUGAUCAGCUUUAUUCAGAAUGUGACAGAGGUGCCCUAAGAAAUACCAGAAUAAAAUUUCUUAAGGUGAAUCACACUGUUAAUUUCUGUGGAAACUGCAGGUAGAUGAUACACUAAAGAGAGUCAAAAUGGCAUUUUCUAGAGAGUAAAACAUCCGUGAACUGCUCACUCCUGAAUAUUGUUUGCAGGACCCUCAUCUUACAAAAGAGUAUAGUAAAAAUGAAAAGGUAUAUUACUUACCAUAGAAAAUACAGGGGAGGCAUGCUGGAAAACAAUACAGCUGGGACUAUUUUGCAAAGGUGAGAUAGAAAUGGAUAGUCUGUAUUUUUUAAAGCAACAAGGGGUAACCCAAUGGAACUAUGUGGAAGCAGUUUUAAAAUCCAAACAAAUAAAAUAAACAUAGGUUAAUUAAUGCACAACUCGUGGCUCAAAGAAGCUUUGAAAACCAAAAGGAUAAAUAGAUGCAAAGAGUUUUACUAAUACAUUUAAGAAAGUUCCAGAAGCAGCUAUUAAAAUCAGUGAUGUGCAUGUGGCUUUUGGUUCAGUAAAUCCACAAGAUCCAGGUCAUUGGAAUUUGUCUGCAUACAUGUUAAAAUAAUCCAUGGAAAUAGGAUAUUUAACUUCUUUCUUAUUUCUUUUAAGCAUCCUCUGAUCCUCUUAGGAGAGUGGACUGGGCAGAUUUUUGAUCUUGAGUAUUUUUGUGCAUAGAUGUGUCACAUCCCACUCCUGUGAGUACUCAGGUUCCAUUCAUGCCCAUGAUCAAAGUUUUUCUGGACCUAUUUGGUAAUGGGCCAGGGGGCUUUGAGUGUAUUUUGGUGGUCUCAGUCCACCUCUUCUGGACUGACCCUUUCUCAAUGGCUCCUGGCUCCGUCUUGUCACCUCCUCUGUGCUUUAUGUGGUCAUCAUGGACCGGAACAGGGAACUGAGCCCCAGAAAGAUGCUGCCCUACCUCCACAGGGCCCCCUUUCCAGCCACCCCCUGUUCUAACUUGUCUGCUUGAGUGGCCAUCAGUGUUCGAGGUAUAGCAACACAUUAACUCCUUAAUGUCCAAGCUUCUAUAAGAUGACAAAAUUUAAUUGCUGUUUUUUAACCAAAACAUUUAAAUUACAUUUUGUUCAGUAUAGUGAUUUAUGCUGCCUAUCUAAAAAAUAGAGUCUUCUAGGAAAAUUGGCAAACUGGACUCAUGUGAAGUAUCUAAAAUACAAGUACAGUAGAUACACUGGCAGAGUAGACAUUGUGUUUUAUGUGUAAAGCCAGAUCCUAGAUGCUGUUAGUUAUAUAUUCCUCACUGUAACUGAUGUAAAGGGUUUUGUAAGAGCACUGAGUACUUGGGUCCUGGCACUGUCCUACUGAAAGAUAUCUCUCAGUGGUGAGCAAGCCCUCUCUGUGGAGGAAAACCCCCUAUUCCCCUUAGGCAUGUCACACGUAGUCUCCAUACCAACCAGAGAGUGUGUUUUUGAAAUACUUGUUCCUUACAAAGGGUAGUGGGACUGUGUAAAUCGUAGCACCCAGAGAGGCAUUCCUGGGCAUUCUGUUAUGCUUACAGGAAUUGAGGUAUUUUGACUCACUCCUACCCUGCUUUCAGUGUUGGUGGUGUUGAGCUUUGAAAAAACAUGCAUAUUUCCAAAGCUGGAGGGAGAUAGGCUAUAGGACAAGAUGCUCCUAUUGAUACAAUUAGAUAACAGUGGAAAAAAUUUCAAGGCUCAGAUUUCUAGGGUGAAAGAAUAUGGUAUUCCUGCUGAUGAAAAAGAGGAAACUAGUGUUUCAAGACCACCCACCCUGGCAAAGCUGGUUUUCUUCUCACUGAAAGCACUAGAAAACCAGGAAAAUAAGACUGCAUUUGAAUACCCAUGAACUUCUCUGGUACAUCACUCUAGAAACAAAAUUCCCAUUUAUAUAUGGAAUUUACAGAAAAGAAAUCUGUUGAAACUGAUCUAAUGCUGAUGUGAUGAAAUCCAGAAGGAAGAGGCUUUUACUGUGAUUGUCAGAAAUCACUGUUUCCUAUUUUUCAGUUUGGAACAUACGAAAUGAGUUGAGCAUGGUUUAUAUUUCCCAGAACUAGCAAUUUUCUGUCUUUGGAAAGUUUUAGAGGGAGGAGCUCAGAGGUGCUGUGGGAGGGACUAAAAUUCAUAUUAAAGUUCUGGCAUGAGAGGGAGAAUUGUCAGAGUAGAAGGUUUCUUCUGAGGUUUUGCUUUUUGUAUUUUUUUUUAUUUUAUUUUAGGAUGAUAAGUACUUAUGUUCAGAUUCUUCUAAUAAUUCUAUUUUGGAAUGCUGAUUGUCAGAUUAUUCCCAGGAUUGAAGAAUGUGGACUUUCAUGUUCUCAGGGGAUUCACUGUAAAAGCAAACCUUCUGGUGGCAUUUUUAACAGCUUCUGCCAUGAUGCUCCUGCAUCUUUAUCUUCUAUGGUACUGAAAAGCAUGAAGAUCUCAACAGUGAUGAAAUGUGUCCAAGGAAGCCCAUGCUCUCUUCAUUUAAACGUUAAAGGAACACUGAGUCUGGAUGAGAAUGUCCGUGGGCUGGAAAUAUGUUCAUUUUCACUAGACACACAGCAAUCUCAAUGCAUAAAUGUGAGAUUCACUAGGAAAAAAAGCAAGAUGCCUAAUGGAAAGAAGGUACAGGUACAAUUCAAUUGCAUUGAAGUCAAUGUAGCACAGCACAUCUAUGUGACCAUGAAAACUGUACCACAUUACUGUGAAGUCAAGCUGAGUCAGCAAUACUAUGUUGAAGAUUGCAGAAACAGUGAUGUGGGAAAAUAUAUUCCAGCUUGUUCAGCUGGAAAGUUAGAUUAUAAUUUAGACAGGGCAAGGAAAAUUGUAACAGUGAAUGUAUCCAACUUUCCCCGAGAUCAAGAUUAUUAUGUUCGCCUGUGCCAUAAAUGGUUUACCUGUGAAGAUGCUGGGGCACUUGCUGUGAUAAAAGGAAAGGAAUCUUUUAAAUCCGUUUCUCUGAAAUAUUCUCAGCUCCUCCCUUGUCUUUGCAUUGAGGGUUGGCUGGCACUUCCAGAUGCAAGGAGGAUACAACUUUGCCCCUUUGAAAAUGAUACACAGGUGCUAUGGGACAAUAUUGUUUAUAACCCAUCAACACAAACCCUUGCCUGGGAGCCAGCCUGUCCUGUCGUUGUCAUGGUUAACCUAUGCAGGUUCACCAAGUCGAAUGACCAUUGUGAAGAUAUAGAAAAAUCUUUCAAAAAUUCUUCUGAGAAACAGGUUAAAUAUUCUCGUGUGGACACUCACCCAAGACUUUGCAUGAAGUUUACAACCAAACGAGGAUCUUGGAUUAAAUGUCCAUUUGCUCACGGAGAAUUUCCAGCCUGGAAAAUGAGGACUGCAGCAGUUGCAGAACAAAUACAAGUUUUCUUCACAUCCCAAACCAAGGCACAGUUCUCAGUGCUUGUGUGUAACAGGACGCAGAUGGCUUCAUGUGAAUCUCUUGGGAUGCACCAUUCAGUCUCUGUGGGAGAUCCAGUUUCAAUCUCUAUGUCACAGGAAAUGUGUGGGUCAACAAUUUGCAUUCAGGGCUGGAGAACAGAUGUAGAUUAUUCAGUUCCACUGCAGAUCUGCGAUACCUUCUGUGGUUUUCAUGGUCAGUCAUACAGUGAUGGAAACCCAACGAAAGCCAUGACACACAGUUUGGUCUGGAAUCAGAGGUAGCUGCCUUGCUGCCAAAAGCGAGGAGAAAUGGAGGCAAAUAACCAGUGGAAGUGAGAAGUUUGUAAAGUAACAACACAACCUCCAGGAGCCCUGAAACCAGCUCAGAUGUGCUGUGCAUGAUAUUCACAUUAUUAGCCCCUGUCCCCUGCUUUCUCACUGAAGUUUGCAUGCAGACCAGAUCCCUCUGUGCUCUCACUGAUUAGACAUGUCUGCUCAGCCGUUCCAGUGCUGCUUCUUAUUGCCACAGUCCUGUACAAAACACCUCUCCUUGGCUAUAGACAAAUCAGUAAAUAAUGCAGCCCAUGGAGGCAUAAUUUGGUAGACCCUGAGCCCUUAAAAAGUCUCUUCCUUUAAGGAUACCUUUCAGAGCCAACCUAGAGGAGUGGGAGCUACCUAGAACUACAGAAAAAAUAGAGAUGGUUUGUUCAAAGAUGGGAAAAAGAUGCAGCCUUGCAAAAGCUCUGCAAAUCAUGUGGUUGAGAAGGGGCUACCAUCCUUGCCUUGAGGCAGACUUUGGCUUUUCCCUUGUCAGAAGACACCACUCAGAAUAAAGUAUCUGCUUUUGUUUAUUUGUUCAUAUAAGCAGUGUUUGAUCUGUGACAGUCAAGUACACAAGCUGUAGGCAAAUGGUUAGAUUUGUUAUUUUAUAUCAACUAUAUAGCGAUGAACUUUUUGAAACUUUGGAAAAAUAAAAACAAUCUUCUUUCCUCUUCUGUUUUUCUCCUAGGAUGAAGAGUGUGGAAUCCUUGCACUGAAUUUAACAACAUGUUUUCAAGGUCCUCAGUAUCUUCUCAACAUUGUAUUUUGGUGCAACUUGCAAAUCUAGUCUAACUGGUCAUCUCUCAUGACAGUAGUUUCUAAUUACUGUGAGAUUAUUCUCAUGAGUGAAGAAUUUAGCAAGCUGAGCCUACUCUAAUAUGACAAAUUCAGAUUAGGAUUCCUUAUUUCCCAGUAUUAAAAAAAAAAGGGUCUUAGAUCACCUAGAAAAUCAGGUUCACAUUUCCCAUCUAAAGUAGUAUUUUAUACAAAACAUGCUGUAAGUGAAUACUUUCAUGGUACUUUGUGUACCUAUAGAACAAGUAUUUCAGAUUUUCUUGUUGGUAAUUUCAUUUUUAAACCAUAAGCAAAAGUUUUUGAGAAAUGAAUAAGGGAGGAAGUUUUCUCAGCUUUGAUGCAUUAUUCUUCUUUGCAAUUUCCUGUCUUGAUUUUCUCACGCCAGUUUGAUGAUCUCACCAUGACAGACCAUGUUCUUUAAGUAUAUCUAACGACUACUUUCUGUGUUUGCAUUUGUGUUUGCCUUGGAGAUAAUUCUCCUAUUUGUCUGAGGUGGUACAUGUCUUUGGUUUGAUAGCUAUUUAAAACUGUCUCAUGGAAAUCUGGUCUAGAAGGAAACAGUUUAAUGGAAAUAAUGGAAAUAUUUUCCCCCAUUAUAUCAGUAUUUAUACUCAAUUGUUCAGGAUAAUAUUACAUGCUGUACUGAUUAACAAACAUUUGGCCUUUAUUUCACUGAAAAGUCCUGUCAAACAUGCUUCCUGUUGUGUAACAUUGGAAUAAAGUAAAGUAAAAGAUGAUUAAUAGCAUAUCCUGAAACCAUGUGGAAUUGAUCGUGUGAGAUCAGGAAUAUGGGUGAGGAGUAAGGGAACAAGAAGUUGAUCAAUAAAAAAUA